UGCUUCAGCCAACCAAACCCUCGGAGAGCUUAAAACCCUAACCCUAACCCUAACCCCAAACGUAAACCCUUUGAUCUGAGAGAGUGGAAAUUCCAUACGUUUCAUUUGAAGAGAAAAUGGCGAGCUUCGAUCAAGCUCCACCCGGUGAUCCCAAGGUCGGAGAGAAGAUCUUCAGGACCAAGUGCGCCCAAUGCCACACCGUUGACAAAGGCGCUGGUCACAAACAAGGUCCUAAUCUGAAUGGUCUUUUCGGAAGGCAGUCUGGCACAACUCCUGGGUACUCCUAUUCUACUGCAAACAAGAACAUGGCUGUGAAUUGGGGAGAGAACACGUUGUACGAUUACUUGCUUAACCCAAAGAAGUACAUUCCUGGAACGAAGAUGGUUUUCCCUGGAUUGAAGAAGCCACAGGAUCGUGCGGACCUCAUUGCUUAUCUGAAGGAAGGAACUGCCUAAUCCUUUUGGUUAGUUUUUCGUAACACUCCGUUGUGGGGAAGUAAGGAUGUGCUCCUUGGAUGCUUAUAUGGAUGAGGAAUAAUGUCACAUGUGCAUCAGUUGGUGGCUAUCGAGUAGCUAAGAACUCCAGAAUUGAUGAUUAGUGUUUUGAUUACUAUUACUGGAUGCCUUCAAAAUUAUAAAGUGUAUAUAUAUAUAUAUUGCCAAGAAAUUUGAAGGAGAGAAUUUGGUUAGGGUUUUACCUAGUUCUAUACAAAUUCAUGGGAAUUGAUUU